AUGAGUAAAGCCGAUCUUCCAUCAGAUGGACCUAAUCUUAGUCAAGAUGAACCUACAACACAAGCUGACGAUCUGCCCACCCCAAGCAGCCAACCUUCCAACACUGUCGACUCAUCUGGACAGAUGCACAAAUUUGUCGCAUCACCUUUACACUGCAAACUUUUUGUUGAAAAGAUUUCAGCUGGUCAUGAAUCAGAGUACAGAAAAGCAGAGAUCCUUCUUUUUCGACAAGUUGCAAGUGAUCCUUUAGCACUUGAAUAUUACGUUCAUUACGUCGAAUUCAACAAACGUCUAGAUGAAUGGGUUCCAUUCUCUCGUCUAGAUUUCUCCCAAGGAAUCGAAUUCCCUAAAUCAGAAGCGCAAAAAAAGAAAUCAAGAGAUUCCACUGCUACGCCACCACCACAUACUCAACCUCCAUCUAAAGCACGUCGAUCCAAUACACCUAUGCAGGAAGAUGGGGAAACUAUGGAAGUUAUAGAGGAGUCUAACUCAGAAACAUUUUCGAAGAAGCAAGAGAUUGAGAAGUUGAGAGCUUCGGGUUCAAUGACCCAGUGUGUGGCAGAAAUCGCACGCGUAAAGAACCUCAACAUGAUCCAGAUGGGACGACACGAGGUUGAGACGUGGUAUUUUUCGCCAUACCCACAAGAAUAUGCUUAUUGCGAUAUGCUCUUGAUAUGUGAAUUUUGUUUGUCAUACUACGUUUCUCAUAAACAACUUGAACGACACAGAGGCCGUUGCCAGUUGCAACAUCCUCCUGGGAAUGAGAUUUAUCGCCAUGAAGAUGUGUCAUUUUUUGAGAUUGAUGGGAGGAAACAAAAAACAUGGUGUCGCAAUCUUUGUCUCCUCUCCAAGCUGUUUUUGGACCACAAGACACUUUAUUACGACGUUGACCCUUUUUUGUUUUACUGUAUGACUAUUCGAGAUGACCUCGGCUGCCAUUUGAUAGGAUAUUUCUCAAAGGAAAAAGAGUCUUCGGAGAACUACAAUGUGGCAUGUAUUUUAACUCUACCCCAAUAUCAGCGUCACGGUUACGGAAAAUUGUUGAUCCAAUUCUCGUAUGAAUUAUCCAAAGUUGAAGGACGAGCUGGGUCUCCCGAAAAGCCGCUUUCUGAUCUUGGUUUACUAUCUUAUCGAGCCUAUUGGACGGACACAAUUGUUGAGUUCUUAUUGUCGACUACAGAAGAAGUUACUAUUGAAGAAAUAUCCCUUAGGACCUCAAUUACUUCUCAAGAUAUAUUGCAUACCCUUCAAAACAUUGGUGCUCUCAAAUACUAUCGUGGCCAACACAUUAUUUGUCUUGGCGACAAGGUAAUUGAGCAAUGGCAACGCAACCACAAAAAGAAGAGGCGGACAAUUGCACCCGAGAAACUUGACUGGAAGCCAAUUCAUUUCACACCUUCCCAGCUUCGAUUUCUCUAA